AUGGCGAGAAAGAGUAAGGGACGACAAAAGGUUGAGAUAGUAAAGAUGAAUAAUGAAACCAAUCUCCAAGUCACUUUCUCCAAACGCCGAGCCGGACUUUUCAAGAAGGCGAGUGAACUGAGCACUCUAUGUGGGGCUGAGAUUGCUAUUAUCAUCUUCUCACCCAGUCGAAAGGUCUUUUCUUUUGGUCAUCCUUGUGUCGAGACUGUGUUGGAACGUUUUGUUAGUGGUAAUCCACCACAAGCUACUUCUGGAACCAUGAAACUCAUUGAGGCUCAUUGGAACGCUAGUGUCUGUAAGCUCAACACUCAGGCCUCUCUCGAUGAGCUGAAGAAGAAUGUGGCUAAGAGUGCUGAGAAGAUUCACCCGAGCACCAUCAGAAGUCGAUCCACAGAAGCUAAAAGAUCUUUCAAUCCAAAACCAAUAAUCUCUCCUGUUUUCAGUCUGAACAUAUUUCUAAACUAG